AUGGAGGAACCUACAGUGCGGCAAGGCCGUGUUCGUCAGCAGACGAGUCGCUGCGGUUUUACGCUCGUAGCGCUGGGUGCGCCAACUCGAAAGACGACGUUCAUCGAGGAAAAGCCGUCCAGUGCCUGGGCGUUGCCAGUGCGGUUUGGGUCCUUCGACGCUCGUUGGCGGUGCGUCAGCGGGAGAAAGAGGCUGCGGGUUAGCGCAGUGAACGCUCGAAGGAGCGUGCUCUCACUGAGCUUUGUAGCGCUGCCAGCGUGGGACGCUGCCUUCGUGGAGGCUGUAUUUCUCCACGCAAACGCCGGCUCUGUUCGAAGUUACGAAGAGGAGUACGUCGCUCGCGAACGGAUUCGGUCUCUUGAGAAAGCUGACAAGGCUCUAUCGGGUAAUCCUGCUGAACAGUCAGCGAGCGGCAGCGCUACACUGCCGAAUUUGAACUUGGAGGAGGCGCGAAGUGCGCCUCGGCGCCCUAUUCGCCUGCGAAUACCGCGCUGGGGUAUGCCAAGAAGGUCGUCGCUACCAGUCGAGCCGGAGCAAAGCACACCUGGGCAACUGAAAGCAACGCAGCAACUGCGGGAAGGUACGGACCCAAUCAGAGACCAGCGCAGCAGCUGGCAGGACAGGGGCUCGAUCCUUGCGGAUAAGCAAAUGGUUCCACCUGAUCUUUUACCAGACGCUGACCCAGAAGGUGCGAACAGCGAUGGCUCUGGUUCGGGCGUCCAUGAACUCCCUGACUCUCUCAGUCCAGAGAGCACGUUCGAGCACCCUAUGCGUCUGCAUGAGCGAAUCCGUGCCCUGACUGCGCCGGUUAUGGGUUGGCUCUGGUAUAUGCUAUUUUCGCGCAACUGGAGUGCUUUUUUGUCACGACUGAGCCUCGUUGUCGCACUUUUGAUUCUUCUGCGGUAUGGUGUGAACCGCUCACUUCGCUGGCUCUACAAGCGCUUCCAGUCGGUCGACCCCAAAGGCACGACGCUCCCUUUCGAGGAUUCAGUCUUCGAAAGCAUGCAGCGACCGCUUGAGAUCUUUGCAGUGACUCUACUGGGAACCUACAUGGCGGAAGCGGUCUCGCGUCCUUUGGCAGCGACUGGCAUUAUCAAGUACCUGCACCCGCUGCGUGAGCUCGGCAUUAUCAUCGCCACAACCAUGUUCGUCCUGCGAUGGGUGAACAAGAUCCGCCUCCGCUUCCUGCGAGCGCCAGAGUCGCAACGGCGGGGUAUCGACCAGGCCCAAGUGGACGCUGUGAGCCGCAUCGUGAGUGUAGCCACUGUCGUUGUCGCACUGCUGAUCAGUUUGGAUACAUUUGGCGUGAACAUACAAGCCGUCUUAGCCUUCGGUGGUAUCGGUGGUGUCGCAAUCGGUUUCGCAGGUCGCGAAGUCAUUUCGAACUUUUUCUCGGGAUUCAUGAUCUAUUUAACCCGUCCUUUUACGGUGGGUGAAUGGAUUCGCAGCAUCAACGAAGACGACCCCAUCGAUGGCUUUGUCGAAGACAUUGGCUGGUAUCUGACAAGAGUGCGAACCUGGGAGAAGCGUCCUCUGUACAUUCCGAAUUCAAAAUUUUCCACCUUGAUUAUUGAGAAUCCCUCACGGAUGACGAAUCGUCGAAUCAAGAAAACGCUCCACUUGCGCAUUGAGGAUAUGCAUGUCGUCAAGACCGUGGUGGAUGAGAUCCGUACGAUGCUCAUGUCGCAUCCGGAUCUGGACCCCAAGCAGCACCGAAUGGUUUAUGUGGAAGGCUUUACGGAAUUCAGCUGUAAUAUCUGGUUGAGCUGCUACACAAAACAGGUUUUCCUUGAGUCGUACAUGAAAACGCAGCAGGAUAUCAUGCUGAAAAUCCAUGAAAUUCUGCGAAAACAUGGGGCCCGCCUCGCUACAACGCUGGUUCGUGAUCUUCGCGACGGAACCAAUCCCGAUAUCUACGGAGCCGGUGCUCGUUUGCGACCCAUGGAUAUGGAGCAGGAGUACAGAGCUGGCGCGGCACCUGUGGAGUAUCACUUGAAUCGCACUGGGGCUCCGGUUCCCGAGCUUGGGCGCGAUCGCCCAGCGCCUCCGAUGGAGGCAACAGGUCCGUCGACGUGGGGCGAGGCUGCCACGAAGAACGUCUCGCCUGGUUCUACAACGACUGCUGGUUACACUAGCGGAUCUGGUACCUCCGAAAGCGGCUCGGAAUCGUCCGUGGACAGAGCAUCGAGCAAGAAAUUGCGCGAUAUCGGCCAGGGUGGCAACGGCAGUCAUGGCUACGUCCGAGAGCCCAAGAGCCCUGCGGGCGCUCUUGGUGGCGUCGCUGCACCCAGCACUGGUGGUGGGGGCAACACCGCCACCGGCGGCUCGAAUGGGUCAGGGAAUGGUGCCGGUGGUGUGACCGCAAAGCGCAGCGAGGCGUCGACGCCCCCCGGGGGCGAAGCGCGCCCCAGGAGUGUGACGACGACGCAACAAGGCAUGAUCAUUCGCGGCGAUACCUCGACGAGCGCUGCCUACGGGAAUACCAACGAGGAGGAAACAGCCCGGGCAGGUCGCCGAUCGGAGGAUGUGAGCGACAAGCCUUCAAAGGGCUCGUAA